CUAAAAUGAAUCAAGUUCUUGAAGUGGGUCUCUGUAGGAGCUGAAGGGACGUCCUGGUCUCCGUAAGCCUGACGGUGGUUGGAUUCCACACCAUGCUGCCCACCAAGAGGCACAGUUCAAGUAUCCUGACAAUAAAGGAUAUGCUGGAUAAUGGGUUUGUGGUUGGGAGCUCCAGCCAUAUCCAUUCUCCUGUCCACAGUUAUAUGGACUCUAGCAGUGCCUCCAAAACAGACACUUGGGAGCUUCUGAUGGACUUGGAUAAUACAACAAAAGGCAGCUCUCUAUGUGUUGUCAAGCAGCCGGAGUCUAUGAGCAGCUGUGUGAAGACUGACCUGCACAGCCUGACCCAGGGUAUCUCUGACCUCAGCCUCGUCUGCUUCUGCAAGGCCCACCAUGGUCAGACCACCCUUGACCUGUCCAGUUUGUCUUGUGAGCACCUCAGCAGAGGGGGCUGCCUGAUGGACAUGGCAUCGCACAACACUUCAACACCAUGUAAGAAAGAAAAGCAUCCCAAACUGCUGGAGAGCCUGCUCUGCAAGAGCACCGAGCUUGCUGGUGACCUCUCAACCCUUGGGAAGAUGCCAGCACCCAGAUGGGAGAUCUCGGCAAUAAAAACUCUAGAUGCUAGUGUGUCCCUUGACAUGAGUGCUGAGGAGUUAAGGUCACUUGGGUGCUCCAAACAUGACAUGCCAUCCCUGGAGUCCUCUGUAGUAAUUCCUCUGGCUUGGCCUGGAGCCUUCAAGAGGCAUCCUACAUGGAUCCACAGGCCUGCCACCCUGGAGACCUCGCUGAGCGAUGCUGAGCCUGUCCCUGUGUUCUUGCAGCAGGCUCCCUAA